ACUAUGGAACCAUCCACAUCUUCAACGACUAAACCAAAACCUACAUCCCAACUACAAUCCCAAUAUGAACACACAAUAGUCCAAGUUCCAUCUAGCCGUCACAGCCGUCACAGCCGUAGUCUCUCAAUUGAAAGGCCACAUAAUGGUAGACCAAUUUCCAAGAUAAUAUGCUCUCCUGGAAUGAAAUAUGUGGGCACAUGGAGUAACGAUGAUAAAUCUGCCGUUUUGUGGUCGAUAAUCACUGGACAACAACAUUUAAAAUACGAAAAUGAAAUUUUAAGAACGAGCAUUACCGAACCCAAUACAUUAUCUGCCGUAUCUGAUAAUAUGCAUGUUGUUAUAAAGACCAAUUCUUAUCAUCUUAAUUUUGAAAUGUUUGAAGUCAUGACUAAACAAAAACCACCACUUGGAUUUCCAAACACACGAAAUAUCAUUGAUCGAUCUGAAUUCACUAUAAAAGGUGACUUUGUAGUGGUUUCAAGUUUUCCUUCGUAUAGGGCUUACGUAUUCACACCGACAGCUCCUCCUGAUUCAAAUAUCGAAUGGAAUCUUACAUCAAUGCUUGAGCUGUCUUACUUUAGCGACUCUUUCAUAACUAUACAAGGAAAUUUGAUUUUAUUUAACGAUAAAACUUUUCAACUUACAAAUUGGUUUAUCAAAACUAUGGAACUUAAAACAAAUUGUCCAAUUGAUUGGAAUUAUGUACCUGUUCUUGUUGAAGUUACUGAGGAUGAAGAGUUAUUAGGUAUUUGCGCGAAAACUUAUACCGAGGAUGAUAAUCCUGGAACAUCAAGGAUUUAUAUUUAUUCCACAAUGAACGGAAUGAAUUUGGCCACUUAUGAUUAUGAUGCUUCGAUUUCAAUAGAUAAAAUAUACUUUAUAGCUCACGAAAUUGGUGAACGUUUACUUGUCAUAUCACAUGAUACAGAAAAUAAUGUUAAGAUGGAUUUAUUUGAUCCAUAUACUCUUAAAAAUCCCGUUAAUGCCGAAAAUUUAUUUGAAAUUGGUGCCUUGAUUCAAAACCCUUAUACCAUAAAAUUUAGUCAAUUAAUUGGCUUGAUUGAUGGUACCAUAUCAAUUUAUAGGAGAUUUAUUCGUGAUAAAUGGAUUGAUUAUUUACGACAACAACUUAAUGAUUAUAAUAGAUUAUUUACAUUAUCUGAUAGAAAAGUAAUGCAUGAAAUGAUUAAAAAAGCAACGAAUAUUGAAAAUUAUGGUCUCAGCAGAAACGAUAUUGACCGUAUUGAACAAGAAGAAACGUAUAAUGGUCGCUUAUUAAAAUGGGAAUUAGAUUGUCGGGUUCAAAAGUUGUUUAUACUCAAGGCAUUUCAUUUUAAUCAUGAAGGAAAUGAAUGGCAACUGGUGCAAGGAAAAUCUCAACGUAAUAUAUUUCCUAAUUUUCAUUCUGAAAUUCAAGAUAGACCACAGUACAUUAUUCAAUGCAGGAUACUUGAAGAUGAUGAUUUAUUCAUGAUCACAACUUUUGGUGUACUUAUCUGGACUGUAAUACCUGACAAAGGAAUCAGAUUAUUAUAUUAUUGGGGAAAUGAGGAUCUUUAUUAUCAAGAAUUGACUUACACAAAAUUAUACUAUAGUGAUCCAUUUGUAAAAAGAAUUCUUCCACCAUCAGAGUUUGAUAUUAUUAUUAAAUUUAAGGAGCUAACGUUUGGCCCUGAAGGAAGCCAAGAUGUGAGUUACUUUUUUAGAGAAUUUAUUGAAGAUUAUAUUACCAAUAAAUUUUCUAUAAUAUUUUAUGGAAGUAUUAUUAUGAAAUCAUUCAUAAAAAUGGAUGCUGAUUUAAUGAUAGAAAAACUGUGUGAAAGUUGUUUUGAAUUUAAUUUUAAAUCAAAUGAUGAUAGCAAUGAUAUAUCAACUUCAAAUAUUCAAUCACUUAGCAUAAUUGUACAAAUAUUUCCCGAGUUAAUACAAAAACAUCCGAAUUAUCUAGCUGGUUUUCUAUCACGAACUGCUUUCGUGAUUCCUUUUAUCGAUCAAUCAUCAAAGGUUAGAGAGAAACCUUCCAUAUUUCAUUCUUCACAUCUUUAUCAUCAUGGAACUUAUAACUAUUUAUCAAAAACUUCACUUAUUAAUAUUUUUAUUUCGAGAAUUCAUGAACGUUGGAAACAUUUUCAAUAUAUUCAGUAUAAAAAUCGCUUUCAAGAUAAUCAAAAAUUUUCAAUAUAUUCUUUUAUCGAAACUUUUAUCAUAAUUCCAUAUCAAAAUUGGUAUGAUUAUUAUAAUUCUGAAAAUAAUAUCACUAUUAAAUUAUUACUUCCUUUACCAAAAUUUGUAUCAUACCCUGAGAGCUAUAAUACAUGGAAAGAAUUAUGGAAACCUCUUCCAAGUAAUUUCGUAAGAUCGAUCGAUGGAGAAUUAUACAAAUAUUGGAAUGGUGAAGCAUUACUUAAUUUUAAAUGGAAUACUUAUGGUAGGAAAUAUUAUAUGGCUAUUUGGUUAUUUUAUGCUAUACUUUUGGGCUGUUUUGCGGUGGCUGCUACUACGCCACACGCGAAGUCUCUAACGUCGAUGUUACAAUUAUGUUACCAAUUUGCGGAAUUUAUUUGGUAA